AUUAUAGCACAAAUCGGAACUGACCUUGCGCAUGUCAACUGCACAUGGCCGGCUAUGUUGAAAGUUGUAUGGUAUUUAUAAACAUUUGACAAUAGUUUUGUAAGUAGAUAUUAAUUUGUGUCGGUUAAGCAUACAGAGAAUAAACAAAGAUGGGGAACAAUGCAUCUGCACCAGCCCCGGUAGCCCCGAUACCAGAUAAAAAUGUUACGUCACAAAACAGCGCUGCGUUACCUUCUCCACCCGUUCCUCCAGUAGCACUUGCAGUACCAGCAGAGACACCUAAACCAACUGAGAUAAUUCCUGUGAUGCCAGAAGUUAAACCUGCUUUGCCCAACAAUCCAGGGACCUAUGAAGAGUUACACAAAGCAUGCAAAGAAAUAUUUCCAAUGCCCUUUGAAGGCGGUCGAUUAGUGAUUGGUAAAGGUGUGAGUAGCCACUUUCAGAUAAACCACACGCUCACUCUUAGUAACCCUAUGGUGUCAGGAUAUAGAUUUGGAGCAACUUAUGUAGGAAGUAAACAAUUUUCUCCCCAAGAGAGUUAUCCAGUAUUACUUGGGGACAUUGAUGCUAGUGGAAAUCUUAAUGCUAACAUUAUUCAUGCAUUUUCUAGAAACAUAUUUACUCGUUGUGUUGCCCAGUUUCAGGGAGAAAAAUCUAACACACAAAUGGUAACAGAUUAUAAAGGCAGCUCAUUUACAGCUUCUUUAACUGUAGCAAACCCAGAUCUGCUGAAUGGUUCAGGAUUGGCAGUCGGCCAAUAUUUACAAAGAAUAACCCCAUCAUUAGACAUUGGUACUGAAUGCAUGUAUCAGAAGGGAGGCCAUAUUCCCGGUGGUCAAGUUGCUGUGAUGUCUAUGUCUGCAAGAUUAAAGGGUGAGAAGUGGCAGGGAGUUGGUACAGUGUGUCCAGCAGGGCCUGGUGGGGGAAGUUUGCACACAUCUUACAGUCAUAGAAUCAACGAUACCUUACAGAUAGGUGCUGAGUUUGAGACCAGUAUCGGUAUGGGGGAAAGCACUGCCACAGUCGGUUAUCAGUUGGAGGUGCCACAAGUAGGAGUCAAUUUUAAAGGCCAGGUAGAUUCUAAUUGGACAAUUGCUGCAACUAUGGAUAAGAAAUUAUUGGAAUCACAAAUACCACUAACAGUUUCAUUCAGCGCGAUAGGAAGCCAAGUGAAAUCGGACUAUAAAUUCGGAAUCGGCAUGAAUAUAGGUUAAAACAUAAUUCUAUAAAUAGUAACAUGGUUCGUUCUUUUUAGUGAUCAAUCUUCCUAAAUGAGUUUUUAUUCGGUGUUUUAAAAUUGACAAUGAGUACAGUGGAGAAGAUAGGCAUUUCGGACACGUAUGAAAGCCCGUGUUCAAAGUGUUCACCCAGUUUGCUCUUUACAUUAAACUGGCAAAGUAAUCUUGAAUUUUAUGCAUGUAUGAGAAUAUGUAUUAUGACAAUAUAUUGUUUGUUUUUGUUUACCUGUUUUAAGAGUAAACAGGAUUUAGCUUUGAUAUAGAUCAUACAUUUCAUUUGUAAAUAAAAAAAUUGAAAAUUU